ACCACGUCGUGUAGGUCGUAAAUGCUUCCAAAAAAAACUCUGGCACGACACAACCUUUCAACUCAUCGACUCGUCUUGAAUGUUGCAGCUCUUCUUUUUUUUCUCGAAAAGGGGAGGAGGUGAAUAAGUAGUUAUAGUGGGUCAGAUGUUGUUGAACAGCACAGUUGUCUCGAUUUUUUAAAAGUCCUGUUUGUAGUCUUUGUUGCUAAAGCUCUUACUGCCAAGCUUGUUUUUCUCAUAGCUUCCAGUUUUUGUGAAUCGGUCUACUUCUUUUUUGCUUUUUGAUUCUGUUUCUGUACAAGAUUUUUUUGUUUUUUUCAUUUUCAGCCAUACAACCUUUCACUGUACAUAUUGUCCCUUUUGUUCAUCUUGUUGUCACCCGGAUUUGAAAGCAUAAUAGGUUGAUGAUGAAGAUGAAACCUUUUACUUUUUCAAUUGGCAAAUUUUAGAACCUUAGAUACGUUCCAUGGCGGAAGAUCCUAACCGUGAGAUGAACAUCAACGGUGAAGACGGCCAGCAACAAGACGGGCAGAUCAUGUCCGGGCAAGAAGUGGAACCUCAGUACCAACUGACGCCCGAAAUGGAGCAGUUGCGGUCGAUGGGGUUUUCGGCGCAGGUAUCCUGAGUAAAAACGCACCCACACCAGAGUCAGGAUGGGGAUUUUGCAACACAAGCCUAGGAGUUUUGUGAGUCACGCAUGACAAGUUGCACUCUGCAGUGUAGUGCAGGUUAGCAAGUGCAGCCGCAUCACAAAUUCAUCUGCUCAUCCUGUCCACAGCAUCACAAAUUCCAAAACACGACUGGAAAUGGCUCUCAUGCGGAUGCGCAUUACAAGUCUUCCUGUCUUUGCAAAUCCGCAUUACAACUCUGGUGUGGGUACGUUUUUACUCAGGAUAGCAGGCCAUCUUUUGGGCCUUCGACCAGACCAACGGCAGUUUCGAGGACGCUUAUCAACCGCAAAUAUGUCUGGGUCUGGAAGAUUCCGAGACUUGUCAUGCAGUUUUUCCGAGCUCCGCCAAGUCUGGAAUGCAGGGUCUAGCAUCACAGGAUCUGCAGCCCCUUGGUGAUGCCUGUUUUGCAUGAGAAAUGCCCUCUCCGCAUGGCCAGAAGUGGGCACGACCUUUUGCAAGUCACGCAACACAGAUUUUUGUACGAUCCGCAACAUGCAUCACAAAAUGCAAGAACCUUCCAGACAACAACGAGGGAUAUUUGCAAUCCAUAGCGCUAUGGAGCUGUUGAUCUCCACGCCCAACCUGGAGGAAAUUAUGCAGCAGGACGAAUUCAACCUGCCGGAAGGGACAGAAAACCCCUCUUCGUCGGACCAGGACGGGGAGAAUAUCAACCUGUCCUCGGUCGGUGAGAACGGACCCCGCAUAGAAGAGUCCCAGUCCCAGUCCGACGAAGGUGGGAUGAACAUCAGCAGCUUCGGACGGGGACAACAUCACCAGCACAAUAGCAACAGCGUGGUCUCGUCCAGCGGGGGCAUCAUCAAUCCAGGAGCAGUACAUCAUCAGCAGCAGCGCCGGAGCGAGCGCACCGCCUCCUUGGGUCUGCAGUCGGACGCCGCGGACACGGAGGACCUGCACGCGAGCUACAAUCAGUUUACGUCGGACGAUAUCAAAUGUAAAAAUGUCUGGGUCUGGAAGAUUGCCGUGUUUGUCAUGUACAUUUUGCAUGAUUCCUGAUGUCUGUGAUGCAUGCCCUAGCAUCACAGAUUUUGUGAGGGCUUCCUGAUGCCUAUACCGCAUGACAAAUGCUCUUUCCGUGUAGCAAGACUUGGACUCUAUUGGCUGCUCAUGCAAUACAGAUUUUUUUAGAAUCCAAAAUCAGCAUGACAAGUUGGAUUCUUCCAGACCCAGACAUUUUUACAGUUGAUAGACGAGCAGAUGGAGCACAUGAACGAAGAGCAGUUCGUGGCCACGCGCCAGCGGGAGCUGGAGGAUAUCAAAUGCAAAAGUGUCUGGGUCUGGAAAAGAGCAACUUGUCAUGCUAAAUCUGAAUCAUGUAAAAAUCUGUGUUGCAUGAUUACCGAAACCUGUCCACUUUGGACCUAAUCGAGAGGCAGUUUCUCAUGCAGGAUAGGCAUGAUAGAAUGCUCACAGAAUCUGUCAUGCUAUGUCCUACAUACCAGACCUCAUGGGUCAUGGAAAACCUGCAUGACAAGUCUGGCAUUCUUCCAGACCCAGACAUAUUUGCAAUGCAUAGAGGAGAUGGAACGGCAACUGGAAAACAUGGAGCGCGAGCUGGAAGACUUGGCUUUGAAACACAACGACAUGGUGCAGGAGGUUGUCGGAGGGACAGCAGCUGCGGGCGGUACUAGUGCGACGUCCGCGGUCGCCGGAGGUGGUACAAAUACGUCUGACGGCUGCAUCACAUCAAGCUCCUCGCUUUCCCGGCAGCAGCGAUCCUCCGGGGACAUUCACGGAGUGAGUGGCGCGGAAGUGACGACCGGCAGAAUCAGCAUGUCCGCAAUUUCCUCCGCAGUGACGCCAGGGAGUGGUGCGGCCGCAGUCGCCGGUGCGAACGCGGGCGGGAGUGCGGUAGUGCCGGCGGGGAGUAGUGGCCGGGACUUCGAUUGGGCCCUGCCUGGUGCAGGGGGUGGUUCCUCGUCGAGUCAGAACGGCGGAUCUUCCAGUAAUCUGUGGACCCUCGACAAAACGGCUGGACACAUCAUCGCCUUAGACCUGCACAGAUGCUUGCUCUAUCCUGUUAAGGUAUUAAAAGAGGAAUUGGAAUUGGAAUCAAAAUACUUCCUAAUGUACUAGAUUUGGUGGAUUUGAGUUGCUAAAUUAUUUUAUGAUGCUACUAGUACUGUACAGUUUUUGUUCUUCUCAUCUCUUUGUCUUUAUUUGUAGUCGAGCUAGAGACGACGUCGACCGAAAAACCAAGAUACGUUCAAAACUCCUCUACACUACAGAUGAAGCCAGAAUCACUUCUGACGUACCACCACGGGCGCAACCAGCCUUCCUGUAACGCGUGCGGAAGCCGGAAGAAUAUCAAGUGGGGCUGCGACGUCUGCAACGUCGUGUUUUGCGCCAACUGCACGCGUCCUUACGAGUUUAACCCGGCCCCGGUGGAGGUCGCAAACAGCGAGUGGAAGUGGUAUCGAACGAUUAUCACGACGCGCAUUGUCGACGGGGACCACCUGACUUUGUGCAAACUGCCAACCGACUUCCGGGUUCUCGUGCGCCCCCAGGUGUUGCGCUCGAAGAACAAGGCGGGACGGCAGAAAAUGAAGUCCCGCUGGGAGAUAGUGUCCCCAAUUCGAGGAUACGUCAAUCCACAGAAGCUCGCGUUUGACCAUUUCCCCUUCAGGUAUAAAGUACUCUACGGGUGACCACGUGGUUCUCUUUUGGUUUUCGAUCAUAUCGAUCCUAAGUCUAACAGUAGCAGCCCUUCUAAUUGAUGAUGAUCAUGAUCUUCAUGUGCACGAGCCACCACCAGUGGGCGUUUUUUUCAGAUCUGUCACUGUUGAACAACAAAAACUUACGAGGUAUCUGCAUGACCAGCAGUACGUAAAGAAGCCGCUGUCCAUUUCGGAGGACGAGUUGCGGUUGCAACCACAAGUGCCGGAGGAACUGGUGUGCGAACCCUGCGACGCCGGUGCUCCGAAGUACGUUUUGGUAAACCCGAACUCGAAGAACUACAACUCGGCGCUCGGGAGCAGUCGCACGCAGGUGAUUUCCUCGUUGCCCCUCCCGGUGGAAAUUUCAGAUCUGCCGUACCACCGCUGCUACGGCAGCAACCUCUACGCUUGCUUUUUGCCGAAGGGAUUCAAGGUGUACCACCGCCAGGGCCCCCGGGGCUGCGCGGCCACGCAUAUUUCCGGCGGGUGCCGACGUCCCUGGAAGAGGCGGGAUGUGGAGGAAAGCCAGGCGGCUUUGGCCUACUACUGCCCUCUGUGCGAGAUCUUGCUGUGCGCGGCCUGUGCGUUCGACCCGAAGCUCUGCGAGAAAACGGAUGCCGCGAUGAAGCGCGAUCUGGACGAACUCACCGUAGGACCGCCCAACAUCCGACUCGCCAGUCUGGGCCGUCUUCGCAGCAGCGUGGAGACCAACUGGGCAGAGAUACUCACGCACAUCGCACUCGACUUGGGCGACAAAUUGGGAGUGUGCAUGCUGCAUAAGGUAAGUACUACUUCUUGUUCUUGAGUGGACUCGUAGUGUUUUGGAUCGAGCUUUUUGAAAAUAAACCAGUCGUCAGCAUUUUUCGCAAAUGCAUCCUCAUGUAGUCACAAGGUGAAAUCACGUAAUUAAUAUCUUCUUCUGUUCUCAUUCUGAUUUUUCCCCGCGUUGUAUUCACUUCCACAGGACGAGCGUCUGGUGAAGGAGUCGCUUAGUUUCGCGAUUUUGGUGGUCGCGUGGCUGACCGAGGACGAGGAAAAGUCCGCCCGGCCGUGGGGCAAGGUACGGGCGGGGGACAUCGCGAUCGCGCCGAAGAUCCAGGAGCACAUCCUGGUCCCGACGAGCGGGUCGACGACCGUGUUGAAGCCCAGCCGCAAAAAGAAGAUCACCAUCGCGGACGCCGUGCACUACCCGGGCCGCCCGGAGCACCUGAUCCAGGCGGAUCUGGAGCGGAAAGCGCGCGAGGAGCAAAGUGCGAAGCGGGUCUUGUGGAACGACGCUUUGGUGUCGCGGGUGAUUCGCUCCGCGGCCAACAAGGAAACCGUCUGCGUGGUCGGUUCCUUUCGCCAGAUGAACGGCGCGUACGUGCGCAGCACGCUGGACCUGACGAAAAUGGACCACGCGAAGAUGCGGAGCACCAACGUACCGCUGCUGGAGCACAGAGCGUCCGCGUCGGACGACGUCACCGCACAGCACCAGUUGCAAUCUUUAUCCAAUGGGAACAACAACUCCAGUACGAAUACGAGCAACAAUCAGGUGUACCCGGGUAGUACAUCAAACUCUCAACUGGAACACAUCUCUGGCGCGAGUCCAACCGGGAUGAACCGGAAGCGCAUGGGAGGAGGUAGUGCACCGAUCGGAGAAGACGAGGAAGAGGAUUUGCGCGCAAACUUCGCGGGCCAGUGGGGAAGUAAUUGCAAGAGGCUCAAGGGGGCUGCAACGACGCCGCAGAACAAGGACAGUAAAACGGGGAUGAAUAUGAAAGAGAGGAACAAAUCGCUGUUGAACUCGAAAAACAUCGACUACGACUUCCACCAGAUGUUCGAUAAGCACUGCUUGCGGAAAAAACAGGUGUGCAGUGGGGAGAAGUCCUGGAUGGAAAAUCUGGCGUUCCUCGACCAGAUUGAGUACACGAAUAAGGACAGCAAAACGCGCUUGGUUGGGUACUACUUGCCAACCGGAAUGAUGAAGACUACGGUAGCUGCAGGAGUUGUAAGUGGAGGAGUCAGUUCUACUGACAAUUUGAAGAACACCACUUCUACCAUAAUGCCAGCCUCCGCGCUUGCCGGUACGGUUGUUUCCACCUCGACACCCUCGUCCAGUUGUAAUACUACUUCUAGACUCACCCGGUUCGAUUCUAGCCGCAAGCAGUACGUGGCGGGGUUAGGUUUGGGCUACGACGGCGAGAAGGUGCUGAAAGACAACUUUGACCCGUUUCCGCUGCCCGCGGACGAGGAGGAGGUGUGCGACAAGCGGAAGUUGGAGCGCGUUUCCUUGACCACGGAGUCGGAAUCCGAGCAGGAGUCGUUGCGGGAGCGGCACCAGGGUCCGGGCGGGAUUCCGCGAAACCUGCUCUUCUGGCAGCUCGAGCGCCUGCCGCGGAACGUGAACUUCCUGAGCCAGAUCGAAGAAACCCUGUCCGACGCCAACCUCGAGAUCGGCGUGCGCGUGCGGCACCACUUGUACGGCAAGGGCACGGUGCUGGGGUGGCGGUACAACGACGCCGCGAACAAGUCCAGCUCCGGCGGCCUGCGCGUGGGCGACACCAGCGGGGGGUUGUGCAGUCGCGGGUACGCAAGAGUGUUGUUCGACGACAUUCACAAGGGUAAGUGGAACGUGCCGUUUAUCGACUGCAAGGUGAUCGGCAUCGCGCCGAUGGAGCUCGCCUGCUACCCCCUGCAGUGGUACGACAACAGCAUUGAGAGCCUGUUCAACGAGACCACAUCGAGCAGCAGUCUAGGGUUGCGGCCCUUGGAAGCCAGUCCUCUGGACGACGAAGAAGUAGAUGGUGGUGCAGCGCAGAUGAGUCAACGUGCGGGCGCCGGGGUCGUGGACACUACCAGCAUGCUGAUCCCCUUGAGUGCGCACGACAGCAGCCCGAGCCGCAGUCCCAGCCCGAGUGGCCGGGGACGCAGCGCAGGAAAUGUGCUUGGUUUGGGACCGGACGCCAGCCCACGGCGCUCGCUCUCUCCGGCGAUGCGGGAGCGGCGAAUGAGGAAGCGGUUGAUGCGCCGGCUGCAGCGCGUUUUAUCCUGUGCAAAAGUAUCGUACUCGUAGUAUUCGCAGUUAUGCAUUACAAAUCUAGUUAGUUAGGUAAAUCCGCAUUACAAAUUUCAUUUGUAAAUGCUGAGCCAAUUUGUAUUGCGAUUUAUACUAGUACGAUGCUUUAUUUGCAGUGCAUACGUUUCUUCCUGGGGUGAUUUCCUGAAGCGGCCGCACCACAAGGCCUUCGCGCUGUGCCGCGUCAAGGAGCGGUUCUUGUGGGGCGUCGCCUUCGGAUGCUGCACGCAAGAGGACGCAAACGUGCUCGCGAUCGAGAACUGUCUUUCGAAAAAACGCCCGAGGGAAACGCUAGUGGGCGAGCCCUGGCUGGUCAAGCUGGACUCCGUACUGUACACGUACCAGGAGGACAGCGACGCGGAAGCUCCGAUUUCCCCGCGGAAUGCACAGAAAAAGAUGAACAAUAAAACGCCCACGGGUGGUCAACAUCUUCCGGGAGUAGAAGUGGUUUGUGACGACGUCAGUAAGGACAUGUUGGCUUCGCUGCGGGAGGUUGGGGAUGGAACAGGUCAGGCAGGUGACGUAGACUCGAGUAAGAAGGCGUCGGAGAUUUUGGAGUCUGUCGCGAAACAGAAGAGCUUUGAGAAGUUGAACAGUUUGUCCCGCGCAGCCUUGCGGUACCGCUACCUCCCAUCCGUUUCCGCAAACGUGCUCGUGCACUGGCCCUGCGUCUCAGAGGACGACAUCGCUUUCAACAAAAACAGACCUAUUUUCGAAAAUAGAAACAUUAACUCCAUCAAAAACUACACCGCCGCGGCCUCGGCUUCAACGAAUAUUAAAGCGACAGCAGAUCACGACCAGGCCGGAGCUACGAACAACCUGCCACUCCAGUCGCUGCAAGCCGCCAGCAGCGUGGGUGUGAAGUCUUUGUUGGACUUCUCCACCGCGAACCGCCUGCAGCUGCGGAAAUACGUUCAGCGGCAGUCGUGGACCUACACGCUGUCCCCCUUGCGGUCCCUCGGCCACGAUCUGUUCGACCUGUGGAGCGACACGCUAGUCCGCGUGGUCCCUCUGCCGGAGGAACAGUACGACUUGACCGACCCGAGCCUGCGGAACUUCGACGUUCGUCGUGGUGGGAGCGAUUCCGUGCUGGCGAUUCAGACGCAGCGCAACAAGCGGUACACGAUCCAAACCAACAAGUACACCGAGGGUCGGAAGGACGGCAACAUCCUACAGGGGAGCUCCAAGGCCGUCGUGCUCGUUUCCUGGGUGGACGACGACCAGGAGAACUCGACCAACUCGCAACUGGCGCCCGGAGCGAACAGCGAGAGCAUCGAUUUCUUCCUCAAUUCCCUCGGGGUGAACGGGGUGAAUCUGCUCCCGCAGCAGGACAUCAUCGUCACACUGGACAACAUCCGCAAGGCGUUCGCCAGCGACGACGGCCUCGCGGGCCAGAACAAAAACGCCGACAACAACGGCUCCGAUCGGGAGACCGACAAGGCCAACGAGGGAAACGUGAUGACGGAUCUGGAGAAGGAAAAUCUCAAAGUCGCUGGAGGUGGUGGAGAAGAGGAACAGCACGAGCAGGUCGGUUCGCCGGGAGUUACUACGAUGCAAACGCCGAAUGUGAUGAACAUCGUGGGUUCUGGUGCCGAAUUAUCGGACGACUCGAACGUGAACACUAAUGUGAACAUGGCCACGGUGGAGGAAAUCGACUACAACACCACGACCAACGAGCAGGCAGGCGCCGACGCAGCGGCUGCGAGUAAUGGAGCAGGUGGCGCAGCAGGAGCGCCAACUACAUCUUCCCAAGAGAUGAAUGGCGAGGAUCACCACGGAACAAGCAAUGCUGGUUCUGGACAGCAGCAAUCGGAAGAGGACAAGCAGGACGCCGCCCAGGCGGCGGGCAACGACGAGAGUAGCAACAACUUCAUGCCGAUCUUGGGCGCGGGAGCGACGACGACCGUCGAAAGUACCGUGGACCAAGCGAUUCUAGACAGGUUAGACGGAUUGUCUUGGAUGGACGAUACGCCGAGCGAGACGGUGGAAGAUCCAAUGUUUGAGAUGAACCAAGAACAGAACUCGGUUAAUCAAAUGUCCGAGGAGAUCACCAACAACACCGUGCGGAAAGCGUCGAAUAACAGCAACCCCUCGAGAAGCAACAGUAAGGACUCGCAAAAGAAGCAAGAGCAAACGAACCAGGAGAUCCUGGCCUCGCAGAGCAGAACCAACAGCAAAGAAAUUAUGAAGAGCGGUGGGGGUAGUACCUCCCCGCCUGGAGCUGUUCUCGGGGCAACAGGAGCUUCUAGUACGACUACAGAGAUUCAUAAAGCCUCAGCUGCCGGCACAGGAGCGCUCUUGCCGAAAACACCCGAGCAAAGCGAACAGAGACCAUUGAAGGGAAUCUUGAAGCAGACCGCGGAUAACAGUAGUACAACAGCACCAAAUCAUGCAGCGGCAACCGGUUCAUCGUCGGCUACUAGCAAUCUUCCUGCAGAGCAUCCGAUGGACAUAUUGCGUAGAAGUCGUGAACAUAGUGCAGCGUCGGACAUUGAGGAGACAAACAGUUCCCUGUUCGUCCACGGGGCGAGCCCCGGCUUGAGCGCAGGCACGCUCGGACAUCAAGUCGGUAGUAUUGCUAACGGAACACCAGGUGGACCUCCCCAAUUAGGGGGCGCCGGCACGGACACUGAUCAGGAGGUGGAGAAGAAGCUGUCGCAAAACUACUCCGAGACCAGUCUUUAUUCCAUGCUGCAGCAGAGCAACAAGUCGGUCUUCCUGCCCUCGCAGGUCGCGGGCUUGUCCGGCCCGGGGGCAACGUGCUUUCCGUGCUUGACCUACACGGACGACAGUAUUCCGGAACUGGAUGACAUCUACCCCUACGACUUCGAUAUUUGUAAAAAACACAUCCUGCGUAAGUGGUGGCCGAUUUUGGUUAAAAAGCUCAUCUACUACACGAACUACUCCGCGGCGUGCGGCAACUCGCAAAACACGCGGGCGUCGUCAAACAAGAAGUUGUGCGACGACCUGUUGCUGCUCCUGAUCAAGUACUACCCAGAGGUGAUCCGCCAAGACCCCGAGAACGUAGGCAACCCCUUGUUCCAGUGGUUGUCCCUGACCACGACAAACAGCAUGUGUUUAAGGCCCCACCGCUUCUUUCAGAUUGUGGAGCAACUGGUGAAGCAAAACUUCGGGAAGGAACUCGCGCGGUCCGGGGUCAAGUCGCUCAUGCGCCACAAGUGGGACGCACCGGGCGUGACUUUGACCAAAUCGAUCACGUUCGAGCCAGAAGUUGUGGAUUUGGAACCACUAAAAUCCUCCACCAGCUGGGACGAAGCGCAGCGCAUCGUACUGGAAAUGGCCUUCGGAUCACCAACGAAUUCGAGUACAACGACUUCCGCGAUGAACAACAAUAAGCUGAAGUUCGACGAAAAUCAAGAGCCGUCCUCCCCGACCUCGGUUUCGUCGCCCCGGAGGAACCAGACCCAGAUGCUGAGCAACUCGAAUCUCGACGGCCCGCCGGGGGUCUUGUUUCGCGACGAGGAAAGCGGGGAGAAGAAGCUGUACACGAUUUUUGAGCUUGCGCAGGCCGACGUGGCGGACAAGUUGCUCCACUUAUACCAACCCGAGGCGAAGCAUCUGGUGGAACCUAGACUGGUUUCCCUGCUGCAAAACAUGGUGACCAUGACCGAGUCGUUACCCUUAGUCGUGCUCGCGGAGAAGAAGCGAAAUCCGCACGGGAUGCAACUGAUCACCGACCCGAUCCACGUCCAGAUCAACAAAACCCACACCUUCCAAUUGGAACCCUGGGUGCCCAUGAGCGAGGUGGCACAGCGAAUUUUGGUGGCAAAAAUGCAGAUGUUAGACAAAGUCACGGGCGAGGUCGUUUUGGUGUCCUCGUCCGGACAGCAGCUGCAGAAAAAUGGAACAACACCUGCACCGAUGUUGGAUAUGACGGCUUCGAAGGGCAACGCGAGCCUGAGUCUGCAGCGCGGUGGAGGAACAACUUCCUUGACGAACAAUAGUUCGUCCACUUCCCUGCGCGGCGGUGGCAUUGCAGGAAAAUCUUCGAACAACAGCUCAUCGACAGGAGCUGCCAAGCCUCCCUCGGUGGAGGAGCUUUUGCAGGAGAAGAAUGGCAAAGAGUUCAACCGAACGUACUUCGCGAACGCCUUGGAUCUUGUGGGGAGCAUAUUGGUUUCCGUCAACCUGGAGUACUACGACGUGCUGGACUUCACGGUGAAAACCAAAGUCCACCAUCCGGUCCAUUUACUGUGCCCCAGUCAGCGCAUGCGCAACAUGGCGCGCAGUCAAAGCGGAGCCGCCGCGGCGGGCGGAGGCACCUCCGCGCAGGGAGGUGGUGGAGGGAGCAGCAACUCCGGGGGCGCACGCUCCGGCACCUACAGUCCGGCCAGUAUGAGCCCUCCCAUGGGGCCUCCGGGCCAGGCUUUCGUGCCGAGUUUGCAGCAAAACGAGAACAACUCGGCUUCGGUCCAAAGCUCGCACUCCGUGUCCAGCCCGACCUUCAACCUGCCACCACCGGUGUCCGGGGGGCAUCAAUUGCAGCAACCUGCCGCGCCCUUCGCGAACGCAGUGGUACCGACGGUUCCCGUCGUGUCAUCGGAGUCGUUGCUCGAAGCAGCAAGAGGAGGUGUUGCCACAACUUCUGCGGAAGGGUCGCUAAACGCGACAGCUGUGGUCAACGCGCAGCUUGUCGACGACAAUGUUGUCGCGGAUGAAAAAGUCUUUGAGGUGGAUGCGCAUGACAUAACCCCGGUUGCCGAGUCGGACCAGUUGCGAUCCUUGUUCCAGGGAUCAGGACCGGGCGCAGCUGCAACUGGUGCAAAUAACAAUGGUCCGCGCUUAUCCGGCACUAGCAGUGCCUCGUCCGCGUCGAACAACGCAACUUCUAUGCCUCCCUUCCACAUCAACCCACCUCGGGGAGGACCAUCCGCGAACGGCACUGCAGCAGCAGCUCCCGGGGCUGGGCCAGUGAUGCUCCCGAGCGGCUGGGCGACCGACCCCUCGCUGAGUUCCAGCGGAGCGACGUCCGCGCCGACUGGCAAUAUUCCGCUGGGUGUGCCGUACCGGCAAUUUGUCGUGUCGAAGAACUACGGGUGGCAGGUGGCGACCCGAUUGUGCAACGACCACCUGUAUCCAAUGCAAAAAUGUCUAUUUCUGGAAGGAUCCAAACUUGUCAUGCUAUCUCUGGACUCUAAAAAAAUCUGUAUUGCAUGACCAGGAAGAGGAGCCCAGACUGUGCUACGUGGAGAGGGCAUUUGUCAUGCGGAAUAGGCAUCAGGAAGGGUUCUGAAAAUCUGUGAUGGUAGGUCGUGCAUUACAGACAUCCUGGGUCACGCAAAACAUGCAUGACAAGUCUCAGAAUCUUCCAGACCCAGACAUUUUUGCAAUUCAUAACUUGCGGAACCAGGAGAUUCUCGUCACCUACGCCAGCGCGUUGAACGCGAAGGGGCACCACAUCGCCAUCAAUCCGAACGGGGUGAACAUCUUUCCGCUCACGAAGGAGGAGAAGUGCUUGAAGCUUUGGUUUCUCAUUGCCCACCAGCAGUUCUCGAAAGGUAAGCUGCUGGAGCAGGUGGGCCUGUUGCUGAGCCUCGCGAAGCGAAACUGGGUUGCGGAGCGCAGCUUCUGUCUGGCGAAUCCUAGUAACGGUGGUCUGUCCGGAUGUUCCGCCGCGCCGUCGACCCGCGGCUCGGGGAAAACCGCGUCUACCGCGACCCCGGGCGGUGCCAGCGUCGGGAAUAUGAUGGGUUUGGUCAGCGUCAGCGACAGCACACCGACGCCCUCGGAGUACUCGACGAAAGUGACUAUUUCCGGCGAGCAGCAGGGAGCAAAGAUGAAUAACGCCGCGGCAUCGACGACGAGUAGUGCGACGAGCCCGAAGAGCAGUAGCCGAAGGCGAGUUUUGAACCCGCUCGCGUUGCUGCGCAAGGCUAUUGCAUCCAGACAGAGCAACAAACCGGCUCCGGAAGGCUACACGGCCAAUAGUACAACCGGAAGCAGGAACAAGCAGGCGGCGCAAACCGCCCCCGCGGAGGAUGUUGUUCAUCUCUUGGACCCAGAAACUACGUCGGCUGGUGCGGACACGAGCAGUGUGGGAGCGGGAAGCACCACGGACGCCGGCGGCUUUUCCACUACAUCCGGAGAUCUUCAUGGCAACAAGAAGCUGGAGUCUUUGGCGGACCAAUUCAACCAGUGUGUGAAGGUGAUGACGGUCGAGGGUGGACAGGCCGGCGCCCCGCGCUCGAGCUCGAGCACGCCGACCGGAAAUACCAACCCAACCCCGAGCUUCCUCAAGACGUCGAACUCCACGUCGAUGCAGCUGCCGGAAGUGGGCCCGAACGGUGCCACCUGGAUUCCCGCAAACUCGAACCCCGCGGCGAUGCUGAAGGAUCCCGUACAGUACCUGGAGCCCUGGACCGCCGAGGCGCUCUUUGCCUUGGGCUACCGCCCGAAUACGGUCUUGAACCAGGUGGAGUUAGAAUACGCCAUCGAAGACAUCUACGAAUUGUUCACCACAACCGCGGGAGGUGGACUCGUCGGUCCGGAAAUAACAACAAACAAACUGAAUUCGCAGCUUUCCAACGAGCACUACGAAACGAAGGUUGGGGAGAUUGUGGACGGCUGGCAGAAGGUGGAGUCCACGGUGAUUAGCACGGUGGAUUUUCUGCAGUCUGUGUACGAAAAGUUACAGUUCGAAAAGGAGAACAACUUGGCCAUUGGCGGUGCGGGCCGGAGCGAAUUCGACACUCCUGCGGUCGUGGGCGUCCGGUCGCCGAGCACCUCGCCGAUGAACCGCCACCGCGGCGCCGCGGCGCAGGACAUCGAGCGCGCUGUGAUUGAAGAGAGCGCGACGUCCGCGACAACCGGGUCGCUGCAAAACUCCCCAACGAUGAAUCAUGGCAGGCUGUUACGCGAGGACCAGGAUCCGUUAGGCGAGGUGAACUCCAACUCGGGCACCAGUGGAGGUCUCGAAGAUGAUACUCGUGGGAGCCCUCCCAUGCGGCUGUUCGAAUCAACUGACCGCGUGUGGUCGGUGGUUACCGAAUUUCCGAGCGGCGUGCCCUUCAGCUUGAUUUGGGAAGACGUGGGUGAGUUCGUGUACGGCAAGUGUCGAUCGUGCCUGGGAAAGAGCAUCUUCUCCUCCGACCUGUUCGCCGAGGGUUUGAAGCGCUUGGAGGUCACGGUUGCGAACGGGGGCAAGGGCACCGUGUGGGGCGGCCUUACCCGGCGCAUGGCCGACAAUCUCGCAACGCAGCUGGCCGAAGUGAUUCCGUGCUCCGUGGAGCCCGAUCCGGUCGCGGCGAAGCAGUGGGGCGUGACCAAGUUGUCCGCCAACCCGAACAUGCUGAAGCUGCGAUCGCUCGUGCAGUACAGUGGCGGCCUCGGCUUCAUCGUCGACAUCACCGCGCAUCGAGAAAUGAACUACUCGGCGUUUUCGGGGGCGGGUGGACCCGGCUCCUAUUCCCCGAUGGCGCCAAGCAACGGGGGGAUGAACAACCGCACGAUGAUGUCCUCCAGUACCAGUAUGCAGCGUGGUCCCGGCGUACUUCUAGACCACGGGGGGCACCAAUUGCCGACGGCCCUAGUAACGGACGACGCAGUCGGAGUGAUUAGCAAUUCGUCCAAUAGCAACACGAUUCAGGAAGCUCCGUUGCCGAAUACCAGCACCUCAAUUAUAUCGGCUCCAAGCGCCGGCGGUGUCCUCGUCGCGGCAGGAGGGACAACUGCGACUACAGGAACAACUACGACGACUGGUGGUCCUCUUACUCACCUACCGCUGCACCAAGAUGAGUUUGCUAUGCGGUUGUCCAGGGCAACUGGCGAAAACAGCAUUUCCAGCAGCAGUUCGCGUAAUUCUUCGAAGAGCAAGAACAUGCUGAUGGUUGGCAGUGUGACGUAUACCAUCUGUGACCUGUACACCGGCGAGAUCCUGAACGGCUUCACGCGCUCGCAGCUCGACGUUGCUGCGAACAAGACGAAAAUAUCACCCGUGCACGGCAUCACCAACGCCAUGGAGUUGCGACGCGCGAUGGCGCUGCAGAGCGGCUUCGCGAGCUGCGACAACCCCGCGUUGGUAGAUUUGGAAGCGGUGAUUUUCGCUUCCCGAGACGUGCAAACAGGAAGGCUCCUGCCGUUGGACAACAGUUGUACAACUAGCGCGAAUAAUAAAGCGCUCCAACAACUAGUAGGGUCAACAUCUUCUCAACAAGCAAACUACAAGUCCACGAUGAUUCAUCGCACAAGCUCCGCUGCAAGUAACACUAGCACGACCGCAACCACGUUGGUCACGCUGCCAUCAGUUGGUUCCUCCAGCAUCGUUGCUCCGGCCGACGUCGCAUCGACAACCACCAUUGACGGAUUUUUGAAGAACAGUUCGUCUGUUUCCGCGACGAAGGACACCACAGUGACGUCCACAACGGACGGAACGGGGACUGUGAACACGUCUACCUUGGCACCCGAACAACAGGACCUGGUGGACAAGACAACAACCUUAACACAUUCGUCGCCACAGGCAGGAACCACAACAACAACGCAGCAGAACCCUGUGCAGGUGCUGUACCGACCGCUGAAGGUUCCGGUUGCGAAAGCAGUGCUCCGCGUGAACGAUUCCACGGUGAUUCCGGGCAAUUUCAGUCUGUGCCAGGCUCUCUGGAAGUCGGACAGUCCGUAUCCGGUGGGCCCACGGAAGAAGAUGAUUUACUCCCACCAACCUGCCACCGGUAACGACGCGGCCAGACCGUUGAAACUCACGGCCGAGAUCGUGUACUCCGUGCAGCAAGAGGUUGAUGAUGUUCUUGAACUAGCAGUGGAAGAACAAAGAAACGGGGUCCUCGUACCACGAAGAUCAUCAACUCUCUUCGAGGAAGACGCGCAGCCGGCUUGGCCGCAGUUCAACAUGGCGGACCCGGCCAUGAGCGACGUGUCAACCUUCUUGGCCGAGGAGCUGGGCAUCAGCUCCGCCAGCUGUUGCCACAGUAUUGAGCUGCUGCGGAAAAUCGAAUUUGAUCCGACAGACGAUUUCAAUGCAGAGUCGACGUUGGCGGUCAACCACCAGGACUCUUCCGCUAGUGGCAGUGCGAGUCCGACGAAGAGAAACAAUGCCGCGACGGACGGCGCGAAGAACGCACAGGAACUGAGCAUCACGACCAACGCGCUGGAUGCCAAGCUGAAGGAACAGCUCUCGGUCCCCUUACUGUCCGUGACGCGGGCCGGGUUGCCGAAGUGGGUUUUCCUGCUGCCGCAGAUCUGUCCGCAGCUGUUCAGCGUCGAGCUGAAGAAGAACCUGCUGAUUUCCUCCUGCUUCCCCCUUUCCUUUCGCGUGUUUUGGCUCCAGCAGGACCGCUUCGAAAACCGGUUCGGCAUCCGGCUGCAGGAGGCGGAGAGGAAGUUGCAGGAGGCCGAGUGGGCCAACGAUUUGGAGGGAAUCCAGCGGUCCCAUGACGAGAUUGCGCAGAUCGAGGAGGAGUCCAUCCGCGACCGGGAAAUCUACAUCGGGAAGAUGAAGAAAGAGCUGGUGCGCGUCGAGCGCGAGCACGACUCGCUGAUGCCGAUGGCGCGCGCCCUGUUCUCCGACAAGCUCGACCCCAACGCGUCGCUGGAAGUCAUUUUCAAGAACGAAUCUGGCUUCGGGCCGGCGGUCACGCAGUCCUUCUACUCCGAAGUCGCGCUCGCACUCACCGACGUGAAGCACGGCCUCUUCGUGCCGGACGACGGUGCCAGCACGAAGGACGAGUUCACCAUGGGUGGGCGCCACGGCCUGAUUCUGAAGCCCGACUUGCUGUUCAACGCCAACACCGGGGCCCCCUUGACCCCCGCCGAGGAAAAGGAAAAGCGGUCGCUGCUGCGGUUCCUCGGCCGAUUGAUCGGACGCAGUCUGCGCGAGGGCUACCGGCUCCCCAUCCCGCUGAGCGAGGCGUUCUUCGCGAUGCUGCAGGGCAGCAGCUCGGGCGAGAACAACAUUCCGACCGACUGGCGGAAGAAGCGAAACCUCGCGUUCCUGCCCGGCCCGAACAACGACGGCUGGAGCGGCCGGAUCGUGGGCGCGCUGUACUCCUACGCGAUCGACCUGGAGAACUACGCGUGUAAGGUGAAAGAGCUCGCUGCACUCGCAGCUGCGACGAAUGGCGGAGGUGCGAACAAUAAUUUUUCGUGCGGGGAGCCGUUUGGCAACGAGAAUGACUCGUGCCACGAACCGGAAAUGGUCGGCGUCACCCACGUCGCGGGCACCCUGAACCAGCAAAAGAUGCUCAAAAAAGGGUUUUACAACGCCCCGGUCCGCGGCGCCGGCGAGGGUGCAGUAGUAGAUCCGAAUUCGAAGAUGCAGCUGUUGCAGCAGACCAACAAUCCGCCGGGCACGCCGAACAAGGGCGACCGCCCGCUCGAAUCUUCACCCGCGGAACUGAGUCAGAACCUCAUGACCCUUCCGAAUCAGAAAUCCUCCAGAUUCUCUACGAAGAACCCGCCGACCGCCCCCGCAACCCUGGAUUCCAGCAUUUCCAAGUUGCGCGCCGAAGAAAUCAAGCAGAAACAGCUCCCGAUCGUCACGCCGCCGCCCGCAACAGCCCCCGGGAACAAUAGUUACGCGAUCAACACGGCACCAGAACAACAGCAGAACACAAACGCAGUGAUUAAGCAAGCCCCCGGUGGUACUGGUGUAGUAGCUGCAGCACCUGUAAUCUCAUCAUCUCCUGCGCCAGGAGCUCCAGCUGUCGUAAAGCCUGUUCUACCCGUUGUAGCUGCAGCAAACACAACAACAGCGACAGUUAACACACGGAACACGAAUUUGCUGCAGGCUGCUGCACUUAAUACCAGCGCCGCCGAUGUCCCCCAGCCGUUGGACGAGAAUGAUUCCAACUGGUCCGCGAAGUACAUCCAGGACGGUGGUGCGCACUACUCGUUCAAGGACGGCGUGGACGCCGGCGGCCUGUGCUUCACCGCGUACGGCACGCACGGUCCGAUGCUGGUGGAGAACGGCGAGAACGUGGACCUGACCGCCGCGAAUCUGCAGGAGUUCGCGGAGAAGAUCCACCUGUUCUGGGUGCACCAGUCCAAGAACCUGUACGACGAGGUGUGCCAGGGUCUGUGGGAGGGGUUGGGCAAUUUAGAUCCCUGUCCGACCACCUGGUUGCGGUUUUUCACCGCGAAGGAGCUGCGCUCCAUGUUCUGCGGCGACAACGAAAUCAGCUGGACGGAGGAGGAACUGCGGAAGUACGUCAGCUUCCAUGGCUGGGACGAGGCCAUCGAACUGGAGCGCCGCCAGUUGAUGGACCUGCAGGUGCAGCAGUUUGUCUCCUCCAGCAGCGCGGUAGCUGUGGAGGCUACCCCGGUGAAAAAGGAAAGAACAAAUGCCGCGUCGUCGUCCUCUGCGCUGACCGUGGAAAAUCUGGAAAAGCUGGAUCAGGCCACAGCAGGAGCUCUGGUAGAAGACGGUGACAAUGCUAAUAACACCAACAACUACAACGCCGUGGAUCAGGGCAAGAACGGGGAGAAUAAGGGCACGGAAAACAAAAAAUCAAAUAGCAAAACGGCGGCUGUUAAAGGCAACGCUGCGUCUGACGGAGGUGACAAUAAACAAGCACUAGAGCCUUUGACCGGCUCCCGUCGGUCGAACAGGAACCUGGAGAUCGAUACGGACAAUGAGCAGCUGAAAAACACGAGCUCUUUGCUUCCUCCCGAGAAGGACGACGGAAACAACGAUGAAGAGCAAUUCAGUGGGUUUGGAUCCCCACGGGUGCCUCGCAGUGCGAACCGGAACAACAACAACGGAAACAACCUGCUCUCCAACCUGAUGAACAACGACUCGGAGUACAACGGGAACAGCCGCACUGGUAGUGAGGUAGACUCUGACGGGGAGGUGAUGGAAACCUUUUCCCCGACCGCGCACAUGUCGUUCCACCCGAGCACAAACAACCCGCGCGGCUUUCUCCCCUCGCCGAAAAACCUCGCGGGGCUGCAAGACGACCAGGUGGAUGUGGAAGAGGAUUUCAAGAUGCGCCGGUGGUUAAUCCAGUGCCUGAUGGAAAUGACCCAGAAGGAACGGUCUAUUUUCAUCGAGUUCUGCACCUCCUGCCCCCGACUGCCCGUCGGCGGGCUGAAGGCGCUGGGGCUGAAAAUCCUCCCGGAGCAACCAGGGAGGAUUCUGCCCAGGAGCCGCGCCUGCGCAAACACGCUGUUCCUCCCGGAUUACCCGACAAGGCAAGCCUUCGAGUACCAUUUAAAACUCGCCUUGCACGACUCCAUGGGGCAGUUUGAACAGGAGUAAUAGGCGCAGGAAGAAGGUCGCAACGAACAAUAUAUAUAGCGUCUUCGAAAAUUUUUUCAAAGUACUUAAAAAGCAAGUGUGGUUCAACUUUGACUACAAACGUAGACAACAACUGUACAAAAUUUCUGGGCGAGGAAGAGAAAGAGAGGAGCAGAAGUAGACCUAAAUACGUCGUGGCUGAUGUUGUCACAGACCAUGACUUAGAAAGCGAACGUAGUACAACUUGUCAGAACAGAGACAAAGAGAGAGUGACACAAGAUUUUCAACUCCUCGCAUAAUGAUCGACUUUUCUGACCGUAGCCACGUGCAGUCUUCACAAUUUAGUCACUAGAUUUUUCGAGCGUUACGUUAUAUGCAGUUACGAUUCAAUUUCAAAUUCCGUUUUUACAUUGAUUUGCAUUUUUUCGCUUACGUUUAGUUUUUCUGACCAUUAAUAGCACAAAAAUUAUGCAGCAGCAGGCUCGCAAUCGCAGGACGAUUUCUAAUUGUUUCGUGUAUGAUUAUGAUACCAAUUAUCUUAUACAUGAUUUUUGCGUUUCGUAAUAUCCAUUUUUGCAUAUUUUUCUGUACAUCUCAUGUUUCAUCUGAAGGCACACUUUAUCUAUUCAUUCAAUUGGCACUUUUUCGUUUUAUUGCAACAGCUUUUGUUCUUCUAAUUUUCACUUUGAAAAGCAAACUUUAUUUUCGUCGCGACCACAGUAUCCGAGGGCGAUACUAGUACUACUCACCUAAAAUUGUACACACGUUUUUAUUCUCCAGGGGAAGAAGACAGAGACAAUCAGUAUGAACAGCGUUUUAAGCUUGUUUCUAGCCGGUGUAGUAUUCAAGUUUGAAACAAAUCUGUAUGAUCCGAGUGGUUUUUGCUUUUCCUAACAGCCUUGUAGGUGGUCACCGUUUGCUGUUUUUGGUGUGUUCGUGCCAAUAUAAGUAUUAUUG